UUUGGAGGUUUCUUCAUUUCAGACAUUUGGGGAUUUUCCAGACAUCUUUCAGUCACUGGCCUGCACCUCCAUUCUGAGACAGAGAAGGUGACGUUUCUCAGAGCAUGCACCCCGAGGAAGAUGUGCUGUCCUUUCACAGGCGGGACACCCUAGGUCAGGGGACCCAGCGCCCACUUCCCAGCCCUGGUCCCUGUGCCAGCAGCGAGGAGGCCCAGGCAGGCGGGAUGCCUAGCAGUGCUGCCCACAAGGGCCCAGGGACCCUGCCUGCCACCUCCAGGCUUGAUGUGGGGUCACUGCCACACCUGUGGAGCCCAGCAGCGGCCGGGCUGCCUGAGGCUCCGAGGCAGAAGGAGGGGCCGUCGGCCGUCGGGAGCACUGCUGUGUGCCAGCUUCCUGCAUUCCUGCCCGCUGCCUCCUUGGUGGCUGUUGCCUCAACCCAACCCAGCAGGCCAGGUGGCAGCGCUGUGCAACCAGCUACACCGGCUGAGGUGUGGCCUGGGGGUUCCCCUUGCCCAUCUCUGGGCUGAGGCCUGAGGGCCGCCUGAGGUGGGGACCAAGGCCCACAGUCCACAGAAGACCCUGUCCAGUCAGUAGCGGCCUCUUGGAGUUGGCUCUGACCCCCGCAUGCGUCCUGAAGGUCCCCGCACAAUGAGGACCCUGAGGAGGUCUGGGGACUCCGGCCUGGCCUGGGCUGGCCUGGGCUGGCCUGGGCUGGCUGCCGUGUGAAGCUCGCAGGCUGGGCCCAGACCUCCCAUGGGCUGCAGCGGCAUCCUGAGCCCCACGUCCCACUCCUUGGCUGCCCUCUGGGGUUGCGUUCGGGGGACCGUCAGCUCUCGCAUCCCCCUGCCCGGCCCAGGCCCUGUAGGCCUGACCUCUGUGCCAUGACCCCUGCCAGCAGGUGGGGGAGUUGGGCACAGCGCACCUUGGUGGAGACACCUCCAGAACUUGUGUCUAGGCCACCAUCGGUUGGGCGGGGGUGGCCUCCUCCAGCUCCAGGGUUCCUUUGCCUCCCUUCUACACUGCCAGGUGCCAGGCUGGGACUCCAGGUGACCCAGGACCUAGGACCCUGGCCCUGGGCAGGAGGGAAGGCUCCGGCUCCCCAGAGGACUUCCACUUUCCUGGGCCCCACCCUGAGCCAUUGGGCUGGCCAAUCACAGCAGGCCAGCAGGGACUGUCCCCCUGCGGGAGGACCCAGAAACCAUCAGGAAGUGCACAGCCUCCCUCCCUGGCUCCACACUCCCUCCAGCCCCAAGGCCUGCAGCAUCUCUCAGACACUCCGGCAACUGCAGCUAGGGCCAGCGGGCAGGUGGCUCUGGCAGGACCCUGAGCCCAGGCUCCCACCAUGUCAGACUACGAGAACGAUGAUGAGUGCUGGAGCGCCCUUGAGGGCUUCCGCGUGAAGCUCAUCUCCGUCAUCGACCCCUCGCGCAUCACGCCCUACCUGAGGCAGUGCAAGGUCCUGAACCCCGAUGAUGAGGAGCAGGUGCUCAGCGACCCCAACCUGGUCAUCCGCAAGCGCAAAGUGGGUGUGCUCCUGGACAUCCUGCAGCGGACUGGCCACAAGGGCUACGUGGCCUUCCUGGAGAGCCUGGAGCUUUACUACCCACAGCUGUACAAGAAGGUCACAGGCAAGGAGCCGGCGCGCGUCUUCUCCAUGAUCAUCGACGCAUCUGGGGAGUCGGGCCUGACACAGCUGCUGAUGACGGAGGUCAUGAAGCUACAGAAGAAGGUGCAAGACCUGACGGCACUGCUGAGCUCAAAGGAUGACUUCAUCAAGGAGCUUCGCGUGAAGGACAGCCUGUUGCGCAAGCACCAGGAGCGUGUGCGGCGGCUCAAAGAGGAGUGCGAGGCCGGUGGGCGCGACCUCAAGCGCUGCAAGGACGAGAACUACGACCUGGCCAUGCGCCUGGCCCGCCUGAGCGAGGAGAAGGGCGCCGCGCUCAUGCGCACCCGUGACCUGCAGCUGGAGGUGGACCGGCUGCGCCACAACCUCAUGAAGGCGGAGGACGACUGCAAGGUGGAGCGCAAGCACACACUGAAGCUGCGGCACGCCAUGGAGCAGCGGCCCAGCCAGGAGCGGCUGUGGGAGCUGCAGCAGGAGAAGGCCCUGCUGCAGGCGCGGGUGCAGGAGCUGGAGGCCGCGGCGCAGGAGGGGAAGCUGGAGCGAAGCAGCCCCUACAUCCAAGUGCUGGAGGAAGACUGGCGCCAGGCGCUGCGCGAGCACCAGGAGCAAGCCACCACCAUCUUCGCCCUGCGCAAGGACCUCCGCCAAGCCGAGGCCCUCCGCUCCCGGUGCAUGGAGGAGAGGGAGAUGGUCCAGCUGCAGUGCCUGGCCCUGCGCAAGGACUCCAAGAUGUACAAGGAGCGCAUCGAGGCUGUCCUGCAGCAGAUGGAGGAGGUUGCCAUUGAGCGGGACCAGGCCAUGGCCUCUCGGGAGGAGCUGCACGCGCAGUGCGCCCAGAGCCUGCAGGACAAGGACGAGCUCCGCAAACGGGUCCGCGAGCUGGGCGAGAAGGCUGACGAGUUGCAGCUGCAGCUGUUCCAGUGCGAGGGCCGGCUGCUGGCUGCCGAGGCCCGGCUCAAGCAGCAGCAGCUGGACACAUUGGUCCUGAGCUCUGACCUGGAGGACAGCUCGCCCAGGAACUCCCAGGAGAAGCUCUCGCUGCCCCAGGAUCUGGAGGACGAUGGCCAACUCUCGGACAAAGGUGAGGAGGCGGGGGGUACACAGUGUGCCCCUUGGGGAGGGUCCUGGACAGCCUCUGGCCCUAGGCAGGCACAGCCAGGUGACAAACACCCACUCUGCAGAUGGAGAAAAUGAGGCUUGGGGGAUAAGCUAUCAGGUCAAGGACACCCAGAGAGCAAGGAGAGAAUCUGAUGGGAACCUGGGCCCAAUUGAUGGGCGUGUUGCCCAUGAGAACAUGUUCACAGAGCACUGGCUGUGGAGCCCCUCCCUGUGCAGGCCCUGGGAUCACAGAGGGGACCAGGGCUCGCCCCUCACGUCCUCACCCAGCUUCCCUCCAGAGGGAGGCGGCAGUAGGCCACUGUCUAGUGCACAAGGCUAGGAAGUGAGGACCCACCGUGUCCCCGGCAGUAGGGGAGGGACAUGGGUACGUGCUGUCUAUAGAUAGUUCUGGGGCCGUGGGGGAUGAGCAUCUGGGCAGGACCCCACUGCCACUGGUUUUAAAAUUGGGCUCUUCAUCACAGAGACAGGCCUGGGCCUGGGGCUGGCUAGGACAGAAGGGUGCCCCCUGGGGAGACCUGGAGGUGGGAGGAGCUUUGGUGGGGGUUGGUGGGAAGGUGAGGGGCGGCAUAGGGAGGAGGGGCUGGGGGCUUAGAGGCUGUGUGGGAAGUCAGACUUCCCCAGAUCAGCCUGACCCAGCCUCCAAGCAAAGGCAAAAGGGGGAAGAAGCGGCAGCAAAUGGAGAAGUGGGGCCCAGACCGCCCGCCACAGCCAAAGAGAUGUGAACUUGAGGUGGCUGAGCCACGUGGGCAGAGGCGGGCAGGACCCAGGAGCAGCUAGGCAGCGCGAAGGUGGGAGGGC